AUGCAGCAUAUCUAUUCAUUAUCUAUCUAUCUAUAUUGGAUGUGUUCAUUAUCUAUCUAUCGAUUUCUGAUCUUUUCUACAUAUCUAUCUAUCUAUCUAUCUAUCUAUCUAUCUAAAUUCUGUUUAUUAUCUAUCUAUCUAUCUAUCUAUCUAUCUAUCUAUCUAUGUUCAUUAUGUAUCUAUCUAGAUCUAUCUAUCUAUCUAUCUAUCUAUCUAUCUAUCUAUCUAUCUAUCUAUCUAUCUUUGAUCUAUUCAUCUAUAUGUGUGUGUUUUUAUGUGCGUGUGUGCAGUUUCUUCAUAUCUAUCUAUCUAUCUAUCUAUCUAUCUAUCUAUCUAUCUAUCUAUCUAUCUAUCUAUCCCAGUCUGUUCAUUAUCUAUCUAUCUAUCUAUCUAUCUAUCUAUCUAUCUAUCUAUCUAUCUAUCUUUGAUCUAUUCAUCUAUAUGUGUGUGUUUUUAUGUGCGUGUGUGCAGUUUCUUCAUAUCUAUCUAUCUAUCUAUCUAUCUAUCUAUCUAUCUAUCUAUCUAUCUAUCUAUCUAACGAUAUUAAUAAUAAAUAUAUAUUUGUUCCUCAGCAUUUUGUAUAAGCCUGAGUCUCCUAUAGAUAGAUCUAUCUAUCUAUCUAUCUAUCUAUCUAUCUAUCUAUCUAUCUAUCUAUCUCAGUCUACUCUACCUGUAUAUCUGCCAAUGCAAUGGGUGCAUGGGCGCGUUGGCGAGUGUCUCUCUCAUUCUUUCUUUCUCUCUAUCACUCUCUCUCAGUAG